UGGCCACAUCACGAAUUGAUCAGACAACUAAUGGCAAAUAGGUGUGGAGCUUCCAAACCUUGACGUCACCAUCCGAACAGGGUUUCAGGAAGUGGGGAUGGCUCAGAAAGAUACACCCGACAGGUGAGGCAGCUCAGGUUUGGCGAUCGCACACACACGCGUGUCCCCCAGCAGAAAGCCAGAAAGGCGGUCGGUUGGAAGUGAGCGUUCACCAUGAAGGCAGAACCGGCGAGCACGGAGAACCGGCCGGACAACACGGCGUUCACGCAGCAGCGGCUGCCCGCCUGGCAGCCCAUGCUGUCCGCCGGCAUCGUCAUCCCCGGCUUCAUCGUCAUCGGCCUGGCCUUCAUCGGCAUCGGGGUCGCCCUCUUCGUCACCUCCCAGAGCAUCCAGGUGUUGGAGCGCGAUUACACGGGUGUGGAGCGAGACUCCCCCUGCUUCAAGUGCAGCAGCACCGAGACCAAGAACUGCGUCUGCACCAUCAACUUCUCCCUCUCCAAACUCUUCGAGGGCCCGGUGUUCUUUUAUUACGGCCUGUCUAACUACUACCAGAACUACCGCCGCUAUGCGGUCUCCCGGGACGACAGCCAGCUGUCCGGGGUCCUGGCAAACUUUAAGACGCCGGAUGACUCCUGCUCUCCGUACGAGUUUUCCCAGAAUAAGCCCAUCGCGCCCUGUGGCUCCAUCGCAAACAGCAUGUUUAACGACUCCUUCAAGCUGUACCAGGUCGUGAAUAGGAGCAGAAACUUGGUCCCAUUCGAUGGCAAAGGCAUCGCCUGGUGGACUGACUACAACAUCAAAUUCCGCAACCCCUCCAACGGCACCUUAAGAGAGUCCUUUGCCGGCACGGUGAAGCCACCUAACUGGGACCGGCCGGCCUAUGAGCUGGACACUGAGGACCCCAGCAACAACGGCUUCCAGAACCAGGACUUCCUGGUUUGGAUGAGGGCCGCGGCGCUCCCCGAUUUCCGGAAGCUGUAUCGACGAAUCACAGACGGGGAUUACGCCAAUGGCCUCCCAGCCGGGAACUACUCCCUGGACAUCACCUACAACUACCCGGUGCUCGAUUUCGAAGGCCGGAAGAAGAUCGUCAUCAGCAACGUCUCCUGGAUGGGCGGGAAGAACCGCUUCCUGGGCAUCGCCUACCUGGUGAUUGGCUCGCUGUGCCUGGUCAUGUCCAUGGUCAUGCUCAUCGUGUAUGCCAAGUUCAAGUUCCCGGAGGAGGAGCCGUGAUACGUCAGGGGACCCGUCUCGGGGGGGGGGGGCGAUGCGGCGAUGAGCUCAUCUGACCAUCCCGCCUCAGGGUGGCCCCUCCCCUGGGCUCCUGUGAUUGGCUGUUGGGGGGGGUCUGCAAUCCCGGAGGUGAAUCGGCUGGUGAUGCAUUGGUGGUUAAUGGGGUAAAUUCUGACUUUCAUCUCCUGUCUGUCUCGUCAGGAGGAACAGGGACCUGAGUGCGUCUUAAGUGCACACACGCAGGCACGUACACAUUCACACAGAUUCACACACAUUCACACACAUUCACACACAUUCACACACAUUCACACACAUUCACACACAUUCACACACAUUCACACACAUUCACACACAUUCACACACAUUCACACACAUUCACACACAGACACAAACACAUGCAGACGCAUGCAUACACACACGCACAUCCACACACAUACACACACGUGCAGACAUACACAGACGCGUAGACAUACACACACACACACCCACACAUCCAGAGCUUUAGCUGUUACAACGAGAGGGAAUUUUAUUUCAACAUACAGCAAAAUACUAGUGCUCCUCGAGACAUUGAGAGCUUGGAAACUGCAUUUCCAGAUUAAUUAGGAAGAAUUCACAGCCAUGAAUUAUGAUUAAUUGGGCCAUUCCACUGUCUAUGGGCAGGGACGCGUGCAAAUCAUGCCUUAUGUACAGACUACGGUGUGUCUAAGUUUAUUUAUUUAAACUGAGAAAAUAAUCAUUUUUAAGUCUUAGUUGUCUGAAUAUUGCCUGUUUCUGAUCGUUGAGUUUUUAUCAUUUUCCUCCGUUUGCGUUUGUGCUAGGGAGCUAUGCUCAGGGAGUCUGUCCUUUUGCAUGGCUCUCAUUUGGUUUGUAAAGUGCGUUCUGCCCGGACCCAAUUCUCCUUUCCAAAGGUGCGGCCUCACUGGAGGACAACGGGCCUGCUCUAUGCAGCAUACUGGCUGUGUUUUAUUUUAAAUAUAAAAUGCAAAAUGGACAUAGUUUCCUGUGUGUUAAUUACUGUUAAACCAGGUCAUAAGUUAUUUUUUCUAUCAGUGCUUUGUGUGGGAAGAAGCCAUAACUAGCCUGUUUUCAUAUAGAUACCUGUGUAAAACGUUACUAAACAAACACGAAAGUUUAUGGACCGACUGUUGCUUUUUUUAAAAUAUAGAUUUUCAAAGCCAUGAAGAUGUGGGGUAUUUCCAAUACAUUUGCCACUGUAAUAGGGUAGAAGUAUGAUUUAAUUUUUAUUUAAUUUUAAGUGAAUAUUUGAGCUACAGCAUUUACGAGCUGUGUGUGGUAUUUCCUUGGGUUCUGUGGGUGAUGUAGCAUUUUUGUUUCCUCCAAUAGAAUAUUUUUCUACAAAAAGGCAUUGUGCGUUCAUGGUGUAAUUGUCUCAGGAAAGUUUCUGUAAUUGUCCCUACUGGUUCUACUGUCCUUAUUUUAAUGUACAUUUCGGUUUUGUCAUCACCUCUAUCCUUUUAUAUUUUGAUUUGUUUUUCUAAGUUUUGUGAUUUUACUGUGUUUAAAUUGUACAAUAAAUGCUAACUUGAAGGAUUGAAGACA